AUGCCAAAUUACACCAACAAUAUCCAGGAUUCCAAAAUAUGUGUCAUAUUGAUAGGUUUGCCAGCUAGAGGGAAAACUCUCAUAGCCCAGAAAGUGGUAAGGUAUUUAUCUUGGCUUUCAAUUAAAGCAAAGUCUUUCAGUUAUGAUGAUUACAGAAGAGUGGUGUAUGGUAAGAGCAAUGAGCUUACCUUAAAAGACCGGUAUGAAGAGUGCUAUAGAUGGGUUGAAACUGCAGUUGCUGAUAUGAUUGAAUGGUUCGAAGAAGAGAAAGGCAUUGUUGGGGUGUUGGAUGGGUCAAACCAUUCAGAAUCUCAAAGAGAUAAAAUCGAAGAGAUUUGCAGAAAACAUGAUAUCAAACCACUUUUUUUGGAGAGUUGGUUUGACAAGCCCGAAUUAAUCACUAAUAAUAUCCUUGAUGUUAAUCUGAACUCCCCAGAUUAUUCCGCUAUAGAUCCAGAAGAAGCUCGCAAAGAUAUUGAAGAUCGAAUCGAACUCUACAAGAAAGAUUACACUACUUUAGAUACUUCUACUGAUGCUGAUAAAACUUUUGUGAAAAUGAUCAACAUCCAUCAAAGUAUCAUUAUCAACAAAAUCGAUACAUAUUUGCAAAGCAGAAUUGUUUACUAUUUAAUGAACUUCCAUAUUAAGCCAAGAACUAUUUGGUUAUCGAGACAUGGGGAGUCAAUGUAUAAUUUAGAAGGUAAGAUUGGCGGUGAUGCUGACUUGUCCCAAAGAGGUCUAAAGUAUGCUCAAAAAUUACCAGAGAUGAUCCAGAAAUUGGUGGGGCCUGACGAGCAAUUGACAGUGUGGAUUUCAACUUUAAAGAGAACUUAUCAAACAUCUCAAUAUUUACCUUACAAGAAACUACAGUGGAAAGCUUUAGACGAAUUGGAUGCUGGUAUUUGUGAUGGUAUGACUUAUGAAGAAAUUGAACGACAAUAUCCUGAAGAUUUCAAGGCAAGGGACGAAAAUAAAUACCUUUAUAGAUAUAGAGGUGGUGAAUCGUACAAGGAUGUGGUGACUAGAUUAGAACCCGUUAUUAUGGAAUUGGAAAGACAAGAAAAUAUUUUGAUUAUUACUCAUCAAGCAGUUUUAAGAUGCAUUUAUGCUUAUUUUAUGAAUGUACCACAAGAAGAAAGUCCAUGGAUGUCAAUUCCUUUGCACACGGUCAUCAAGUUGGAGCCAAUGGCAUAUGAUACUAUAGUAAGUAGGAUCAAGGCUGAUAUUCCUGCAGUUAGCACUUACAAGGAGAAGGGUACUAGUCAAUUGGGCGAAUCAACAGAUUCUAGUUCUAGUAAAACUAGAAAUAUUAUUACCAGUGCGAAAGUCCAUUCAUUAUAA